AUGACGCCUCCGUCUGUUCUCGUUAAUACGUACUUCAGCACUAAUGACCGCCCCUACAUCGAUCCUAUAUCCAAGAUCUUCGUGAUAAGUGAACUGCUUCUCGGCAUCAUAAGACUCCCUGUACUCGGAAAAAUACACUUUAUUUUCUACAUAUUAGCAGUUAUUUACGCGUUAUUGGUGUCGCUAUACUAUCUGAGCCUCUUGUUUACCCUUUUGGACAAACCUAUUCUGAAUAUUGUUAUUAUCAUAUUCUAUCUUCAGAUUAUCUUCUUUAUAUUGUUCAAUUUAGCGUCAAUCCGGCGCUUGCAACGAUACUACAACGAGCUCAAUGUGUUUGACAAGGAAGUUAGCUGCAGGCCGAGGAUCUGCAAGGGGUCGAUCAGGAACAUCUUGCUUGGUGCCUUUAUGUUAUUGUACAUUGUGGUCCUCUUCACCGUAUCCUACAUGUUUAUUACUCUCGAGACCUUGUACGUGGGAAUGGCUCCUUUUAUUAUUUGUCAUAUUUAUGAAGUCCACUACGUUGCUCACUUGCUUAGUCUGCUGAUACCAAGGAUUCGUUUGAUUAACUACUAUAUGGAGUUGUCGCUGUCGAAUAGCAAAAUUACGAAGUCGCUGAAUAUCGAAGAGUUUGGAUACUCGAAGUCUGACAGCAACAAGGCACUAUGUAAAAUGGAAAAAGUGAUGAAUUUGUACCACAAUAUGAUAAAAGCGUAUAAUUACUUGAUAGAGGCGGUUAAAUGGCAGUUGCUGGUGACCAUCGUUUCAGCUUUCCUUAACAUAUUGUCCUGCUGUUAUAGAGUGUCUUUGACUGUUAUCAAAGAAGAUGUGCCUUUAUCGUUCAUUAUUACAUAUGUGGGGCUAUUAGCUGGCAUUAUGUUGCCGUUGUUUGCGCCUUGCAUGCUGGGAGACCAGGUCCAUAACGAAGUUCGCAGGCUUAGGGAGUUGCUUGCUUCACGACUUUAUGAGAAUCAACUGGAUAAGUCAAGUCGCGGUAUGGCACGAGCUUUACUAGCUUGGACAGAGACAAGAGACCUCUCCUUCUCACUCCUGCGCAUGUUGGACAUCGACAUAUCACUGCCUUUCAAGUUCGUCGGACUUCUAGUCACAUACUUAAUUAUAUUGUUACAGUUUCAGAAGGUUAUUAAUCCUUAAGAAAUAUAUGAAGGUUUUACUUU